ACAGACAGAGGGACAGACUACUGUACACAGAUAGAUAUACAGACAGGAUAGACAAACAGACAAAAAUAUUACUAAAUGAAAAUAUUUAAUCGGCAUUAUCAACAUCCCCAGAGGCUCUCACAUGAUGUGAAAUCGAUUAAGAUCUCUAAGAUCCUAGCUCUAGAACCAAUAUUUGCAAUAGCGAACGUUUGCGUAGAGUCAAAGGUAAAACUGACACGCGCAGGACGCACGGUAACUCGUGUCAUAUUUGGAGAGACGCGCAAGUCCGUCCACUAUACUGUACCAGCAGGUCUACUUUAUCUCUCGGACUUUAAUGCGACUCUAUGAAUCUAGUCAGUAAAAGCACGCGGGCAGAUAAACUGGUGUUUUAAAAGCUUAGCGCCUGGAUUCGGAUGAAGUUCCUGCUUUCUGAACGCGCGGUUUCGUACUGCUGAUGAUUUAACUGGAAGUGACGGGAGAUGCCCGACUUCUCUGAAAGCAUCAGAUCUGCUCUACUAUGAGGUGCGGUGUAGGUUACCGUUACAGUACAUUAAAGAUUUACUGGAAGUAAUUUCAACUGCUCCUUUUGUCGGACUCUAGACGAUGCAGAAAUCUGUUGCUUAAGAAGGACUCACGUUUAGGAGAUUGUUCAUUAUUUCGAUGAUCAUCCUUCAAAGGUGUUGUUGUUGUUGUUUAUCGGGUUUUCUUCACUGGUUUAUGCAAUGCGAAGCACGGACUGAAAUCGUUUGACAUUUGCGUGGAAAGCCAGUCGAUAUUGUCGCUGAAUCAAAUCGAGGACAUCACUGAAGCCGGACACCUGGAGUCAUAAGCUCACAGCCUAUUGAACACAUUAGCACCUGUCAUAUCGCUCCAGCCAAGGUCAUAUCGUCUUCCUGUAUUUCUCCAUCUGGCUGUUCAACGCAACGCAUUCUACAAUGGAGAGCCUAAGUGAGCUUCAGAACCCUCUUUUGGAUAAAAAUAGCAAGCAUGUGGUCAAGGCCGACUAUGGCUACGGCGGCGACUUCCACAGCAACCAGUAUCAGGAGAACAUUAUUAAUUAUUUUGUAACUGGUGGAGGAGGUGGAGGCGGUGGGGUCGCGGUCACGGGAGGAAACGGCAAGGCCAAAGCUCAGUUACUGGACGCCACUUCGCUUCACCUGGCGGUGGAGGCGUUUUACAAGCCUAACUUCAUACUUUACAAGGAGGACGCAGGUGGCAAGGGCAAGGAUUACAAAAAUGAGUGCUGCGAGACCACCUUCGUGGAGAAGAAAGAAAAGGACGCUGGGGUGGAGACCCCCGCUACGGAGGACCCUCAAGCCAAACUGCUGGAUGAAAACGAUGUGAAAAUCCAGACCGUGUCUUAUGAGGUAGAAGAAGAGGAAUAUGUUGAAUAUGAGACAGAUUGCUCCAGCGACAGUGAGAGCGAGGACAACUUUAUCGUCAUCCCUCCUCGUGAUCACCUGGGUCUUGCUAUCUUCUCCAUGCUUUGUUGCUUCUGGCCUCUGGGCAUUGCUGCCUUCUACUUUUCUCAGGGGACCAGCAAAGCUGUGACUAAAGGGGAUUUCCCAUUGGCUAGCGUCGCCUCCAGACGAGCCCUGUUCCUGGCUGCUCUCUCCAUCACCAUUGGAACGGGGGUGUACGUGGGUGUGGUGGUGGCCCUCAUCGCAUAUCUGUCCAAACCUGGCCACAUAUAGCAGGACCACGAGGGAACUACAGGACAUAACAACACACCACCCCCUUUUCUAAAUGUCCGUCUCAUUCUCAUCCCUCACUGUGGACUGCUUGUCCGCCCAAAUUAGAGAAAGGGAUGAAGCAGAAAGAGAUGAACCAGGGGAGCGUUUAUCACCUCAGUGAAUAUUAAUGUGCAAGUGUAGAUCUGGGCUCCAUCACAUCACUGGAUACAACGUAACAGAGUUGCUUAGGUCUACAAGCAGAUCGGCUGAAGAAUAUAAACUAGAGGCAAAUAAGCAAUCCAAUUAAAUGAACUCAAAGGGAAGGUUUUCCAAAGGACACCCAAAAAGGAUCAAAAGAGACCAAGUGCCCUUGGAUUUGUUAUUUCCUUUCUAACUGUGCUUCAUUCUGCACCUGAAAGAGAAGUCAAGCCGUUCUUUCCGUUCCUCUCUCAUUAUUUACUAAGUCUGUUAAACCAUUAAGUGUGUGUGGCUCAAUCAAACCAGCGUGCUGCAGUCUCUACUAUUCACCAAUGAGCUCUUUUAAAAAGGACAGUAUGAAAGCAGGUGGCCAUUAUGUUGUCCUGUCUCUGGAACAAAUAAUACAGCCUUGUUAUAAGCAAAGGUAGAGUUUGCACGUGAAUCAAAUGCUUAUGUCUCUGUACUGAACUACAAGACAAGAAAUCGCUAUCAAAGACAAUGCACUCCACCUUUAUAAAUCAAAAAUCAUCUGUGAAAUUCAGCUCCGCUUAUGCACAAUCCCUCCAUGCUAGGUCUCAAUGCUCUGUGUUGUAAAUCCAUCAUAUUUUGUUUUGCUCAUCCAAAGCUCUGUUUUGACCCAGCGCAGGAAACCAGGUUCAUGACAAGGUAAAACAUAAAAGAAACAACCAGGGAUGCUAAGAAUUCUGAACAGCAAAAAAAGCUUUGGUUUAUAUCCAUAAGGAUCCAUAAGUGUUGGUGUGAAUUCGCACCCAGAUGUCUGAACUGAAUACAUGGAUGGAUUGAUCUGAUACAGAAUGUGUGCAUGGAUGGUAGAGAGAUUUGUCCUAGUUCGCAAAUGCAUUGCAUCACUUAAAAUGUGAAAAAUCUGUUCUGACGAAACUCAAAAUAGACGAUCAAAUUCUAAACAAAAGAGGCAGGUUAGAAAGAGGCUCAGAUUGAAUUGGUUAAUAAUGCAUUGGAUUGCGUGUGGGGUCAUGGGUACUAGAAUGUACACAAGGGGAAGAUAGUGGUCAAAGGUAUGUCAGCUCCAAUAGAGCAUGAAUUUGGAGUAGUCAUCUGUAAUAAUUUAAAAACAGGAAAACAAUAAGUGCCCAGAUGGCUGAAAGGUCUAUUAUUCUGUGCUUUCCAGCAAGCAAUAGCCAUCAUUUCAUCCGACAGUCCAGCUACGUGUAACCCACUUCUAGCCAAAAUGUACUUGAAUUUGAUUACAUGUCGUUUUGCCUAAAUAACUUGGAUGUUUCAUGCAAGCAAAGUCAACAUUGAUUUUAUUUCAUUUCUGUUUGGGCUAUGGCUACACGUCUAUUAAAUUUUUACUGACAGCCCAAAUGUUGCCUUCUUUUAGCCUAGAUUUAUGGGCUGUGUUUGUACAGCUAUUAGACAUCAUUUAAACGCACAAUUGCUUGCUGGGGUGUUUUGAAUCGCUGUGAUACGAACCUGAGCUGACAGAAAUUAAAUUGCUCAUAUUUAAGUUAGCCAAUUGUGAGUAAUCUUGCUUCAGAUCCUCCCAUGGCACUUGAAGGUGACAGGGUAAUCUUGAAGAGCCUUGUUAUAUACGAAAUACAUACUAUUAAGGACUAUUAGGUACAAAAAACAGUUGAAAUACAGACAUGAAAUACAGAGUUUACUUUACAGUGCAAGUAUAUCAGGACGUUUUGAGCUAUAGUAAUAAACAAAUUGUACUUAAUGUGGUAUUUUGGAAGUAUAAAGUGUAAUAAGUUAAUUAUAAACAAUGUUACCAUAACUGACCGAAGCUCCUAUUUCUGCUGCAUUUGUUAAAGGAUUAGUCAAUUUUCUUAAAAUAAAAUCCAGUUAAUUUACUCACCACCAUGUCAUCCAAAAUGUUGAUGUCUUUCUUUGUUCAGUCGAGAAGAAAUUAUGUUUUUUAAAGUUUUUAAAUGACUCUAAAUGAUCCCAAACGAGGCAUAAGGGUCUUAUCUAGCGAAAUGAUUGUCAUUUUUAAAAUAAAAAAUAUGCAUUUUUAUACCACAACUUCUUGUCUAUCUCCGGUCCUGUGAUGCGCCAGCGCGACCUCACAUAAUACGUCAUCACGUCAAGAGGUCACGGAUGACGUAUGCGAAACUACGCCCCAGUGUUUACAAGUGUGGAGAAAGAAGACCGUUCCGAUGUUGAUGUAUGUUGAAUGAUACUAAUUAAUGUCUUUGUGUCAGUUUAUUGUUUAAAAUAGUCCCCAAAUGUGCGUUUCAUAUAUGUAACACAUGACCUUUCUACGUCACUACGCAAUUACUUGAGGUCGUGCCGGCGCAUCACAGGACCGGAGAUCGACGAGAAGUUGUGGUAUAAAAGUGCAUAUUUUAAAUUUUUCUUGUCAAAAAUGACAAUCGUUUCGCUAGAUAAGACCCUUAUGCCUCGUUUGGGAUCGUUUAGAGUCCUUUGAAACUCCGUUGAAAAAAACUGUUAAGUGUUGGGGUCCAUUAAAGUCCAUUAAAAUGGGAAAAUUCCUGGAAUGUUUUCCUUAAAAAAAAAUAUUUCUUCUCGACUGAACACAGAAAGACAUCACCAUUUUGGAUGACAUGGUGGUGAGUAAAUUAUCUGGAUUUUUGAUUUUAAGAAAAUGGACUUUAGGUACUUCAGGCAUCAAAAUAUCAUACAGUAAUUACCUAAAGACGGUCUAAAAUUUUGUCAGCUUUUAUAUUAAAUAUGCAGGUUUUAAUGCAUCACACCAAGUAUAUUUCCAUAUUUAAAGCCGAAUGCAGUGUAAAUGUUAAUAAUCCCUACAUAUGUAGCAGAAUGCACAACACGGUGCACGAAAAGUACCCGUUACAAAAUAAACUUGAGAUGCAUGAGCCCAGCACCUGGCUGGCUCAACACAAACAUCUCCUGCUUUCUCAAAGCUUGUGAUUCACGCACUUGAAACCUGCCGGUUUUGUUGUGGUCCUUAGCAAAUGCAUUUCCACUGGAGCGUUGAAAGCCAACCUGGGACACUUGCAGUCUCUCCGCACAGGUCAUGCAUUAGUCAUACCUGACAUUUACGGUUCGCAAUUAGCUUCCCAUAAUGGCUUUUUCUGCAGGAGCAUCUAAUCUCUAGAGCAUAGCUGGAAAUAGCAAAACAAAAUCACUUUUACAAACAAGACUGUGCUAUUUUUAAGGCACUAAAAGUGUUUUUGUCUUUGCGGAGCUAUUUACUCUUGUGGAACAAAUCAAAUUAAUAUGUUAGUUACAAUCUAUACCCAUUUGGUAGGGUAUCGGACAUGCACAAGCUCAAACUGGCUGUAAUGGAAGUAGCUUUCACUUAAUGAUAACUGUAAGAGCUCAGCUGACAUCUCUUAUCAGUAAUAUGGUAACAAUUCCAGACAGUUAGAUUAGCCAUCGGCUUCCAACUGAUUUCAAGCUUUUUCCCUCUUGUGUUUGUGUCAUUUAAUACUAAAUGAACAGUGUCAGUGUCUGCCUGCCCUUGAUAGUGUAUCAGACUGGGCUUUUUUUCUCCGUUUUCAUAGUGACUAGUCCUUCACAACGAUUCAUUUUAAGCCAAUGCUUGCACUUGCAAUGACCUACACUGUAAUAAUAAUAAUUUGUUUUAACUGCAAUCACUUCUCCUUUGUGUUUUAUGAAGGUCACAAAAUUUUUUAAAGGAUGGUUUAAUGUUGUUUUACUAUCAAUCAUCAACAAACUAAGGAAAUUGGGGAUUAUCAGCUUCAGUUGAACCAAAAUGAUGGUGCGCUGUUUAUAAAAGAAUGUCAGUGUUUUUUGGUGUUGUGAUACUUUGAGUUUUUCUCAUUCAUGAUCAGAUUUGUGCUUGUGAGACAGUGACGACAAUGUAAAUACUGCAAAUGAAAAACAUGGCAGUAUAAAAUAAAACACAUUUGAGACAAAAU